AUGAUGACUGACGCCUUUCUGAGGGGAUUACUAGUAUUAUGCUGUCUGGUUUUGCCGAUUCUACGGCAGCCAACUAUGGCAACCCGCGAUUUCGAGAUACGUUGGCGGGACAUCAACUGUUCGGUCAUUGACCCCACUACUGCGGAGCUCUUCAAGUGCGAUAUUGUGGAAAUGCCGAAGAAGCAGGGAAAUUUCCUGAAUACCUUGCUGCGGCUGCGCCGAUCUAUCCCAAAAAUGUGGGUGGAGCUUAGUGUGGGCCAGCUCGCCAAUCGAAAGGACCGUCUCCUGCAGCAACUUUUUAAAAUUCGAGUGGAUGGCUGUCACCUGAUAGAAUUUCGCAGCAAGAACCGAGUUCUGAAUGCCGUGCUCCAAAAACUCUUGCAAUCGGGAAAUUAUCCAGAUGCCUGUCCCCUAUUGGCGAAUGUCAACUAUACGUCUACGCGAUUUGCCCUCAAUCCGGAUCACUUUCCGGCCUACAUGCCGGACAUGAAGUUCAACACGAAAUUGGUCUUUCAGCUGAGCAGGAGUAUGGGUCUGAUCAGGGCCAGUGUGGAUGCCGAGGUGAUGAGACGAUCGUAAGGGGAAAAUAUUUCAACAAAGCACGAAAAAUAUGAGGAAAAGCACAUAAACCAGGGGCAAAUACCUACAUCAAUAUAUUUGUGCGUUUCCAUGACUAACUCGAAUGACUCAUAGCUUUGGCAUGGACUCUAUUCGCCGGUACACAUUCAGAUUAGACUCCUAUCUGGGCCACUUGGCAUUUGGCAUUGGGUAAAGGUGGAAAAGCUAUUACUUGUGGAUAAUAAAUGAAUAUCUUUUGAACCCGAGAGAUUUCAUUGUCAUGACUUUCAAAAUUUAAAUUUGGUGUUGAUCCCGUUUUCUUCAAGCCCCAUGAUUCAUGGUCGAUGAAUGUGGCAUCAGACUGGUUGACUGAUUUCUGCACUUCACUGUUAAUUACUAUAAAUACAAGAGCUUUAUCCAUAUCUUACGAGCUUUGGCUGGUAUCAGAAAUCAGAUUAAAAUAAAUAAAUAUGUUUAUACAGGCGACUAACCGAUUUCUGCACUCUAUUCUAAUUUUAUGAUUGCGCUACUAUCAUAAUUCUUUAAAAGCUCUGAGCUGUAGAAGAAAUCCUAUAAUCGAAAACUAUCAAUCAAUUGGGUUUUAUUAUUACAUAAUUUAAUUACUUGUCAAUGAUCUCCUUACCUCGUGGGAAAGAAAAUAUUUUAUAAAUUUCAUUACGAUAUUCCUAGACGAUGGCCAAAUACCCAACUCGUUUCUAUAUAAUAAACACACUGAGUUGUUGAUAAUGCGAGUGCAGAAAAAUAAUAGAUUAAGAAAGCUCAGGCCCCUUUUCAAGUGCCGGCCAAUCAAAUUAAGAAAUGACGUGAGUCUUGCCCACAAAAGAUAUUUAGCAAAGAAUAAAUAGAACAGCGUUUAUCAAGAUACAAAAAAAGGAAAACAAACCGCAGAAUAUAGAUCAGUCUGCAAUGUCAUGAUCACAGAAUCUUUCCCUCAUCUGAAAUUCCUCGGCACACCGCAAAAAGCCAAGAGAGCAAAGUCUACUGGUCAUAUGGGCGUCUGAAUUGCUCAUCAAUAUUUUUGCCAUGCCCAAGAAACUUUGGACUUGGCCAGGAGGAAAACUGGAGGCAAACCUUUGUCAAGGCCAGCCAUUAAAUAAAAGGAACAGUGUUACCGUCCACCCAUU